UUUGUCAGUAGCAUCGAGCCGACUAGCCUUUCAUUUAAACCUUCUCAGGUUCUUCUCAGUGGCAUUCUUCGAAUUCAAAUCCGCCUCUAUGGUGAUGCUUUUGUUCUGCCGUCCCCCGUCAUCACGGAGACAAAAGAGUCACCGUCGACGGGAACGUCUAGUUUGCUUAUUCUCAACCAUCGCACUCGCCUUGAUUGGAUCUUCGCCUUCUCCCUUGGACGGUACGCACGUCACCUCAAGGUUGUGCUGAAACGCGAACUUUCCAAUCUCCCAGGAGUGGGAUGGGCCAUGCAAAUGGAUGGAUUUAUCUUCCUCCGUCGUCGUAUUGCUGUUGAUUUGGCGCGCAUUCAACAGGCUGUGGAGUACCUUCUGCGUCUUCAGGGUUGCGCUCAUAUUCUUCUUUUUCCCGAGGGCACUGAUCUUAGUGUUUAUGGAUUGAAAAAGAGCGAUGUAUUUGCGGCUAAAGCAGGUCUCCCUCGAUACCGCUACACUCUUCACCCUCAUACUACGGGCUUUGAAACCUUCGUCCGAGCCCUCGGAUCCGACUUGGCCUACGUGUACGACGUAACAGUGGCCUAUCCUUAUGCUUUGACUGAGUCGGAGCUCCGAAUGGCUACAGGCCACUGCCCUCAAGAGGUGCAUUUCCACGUGCGCCGUUGGCCAGCCCACCAACUGCCUCGACCAACCGAUGCUGCCUUAGUUACCGACGGUGCCAACACCAUCACCACUAGUCCGCUGGCGCGUUGGAUGCAGGAUCGGUGGGCAGAGAAAGAGCAGAUGUUGAAGAACUAUUAUGCUCUUCCUCCAGACGAACGUCGUUUCCCCGGUCCCGAGAUCAGUCGUGAGGGCGCAGUCAUUUCCGGUCGAGACGAGCAAUGGUCACCCGGAGCCUGCGUUGUGUUUGCCUAUUGGCUCAUCUUUUUAGUCUUUAGUGUAACUGUCCUUUGGUGUCAUUGGGUGGUGCGAUUAUACGUUGUCGCCAUGACUUUAUUUUUCAUUUAUCGCGGUCGAGGAUCCCAGGGAUUGGCCGAAUGGUUGGCCGAAUUGGCCGGCAUCCCACUGACCUCAGACUCGACACAUUCCACCUAG